GUCUGACAAGACACAGUUAAUGUUUCUAGCUUGUAAGGCUGGUGUUCAGCUGGCAAUAAGAACAAGGAAGUGUUUCCAAAGUUUAUUUCCAUGAGACUCAAAGUCCACAUGACAGAGUCCUGACACGCCUGUGCUCUUCUCCGUCAAUGGGAAUUUGCCUCUGUAACUAUGCACUACUGAGUACUGCUAUUUUGGUAUUGUGUUGUUUGUCGUCUUCAUUUUAUGUGGUGUCCAUCUGAUUUCUGAUGGAGCUAAGAGAAUUCAACGAUGUAGUACAUCCACCUCCAGACUACCCUAGUCCCGAUGUCUCCCACCAUUCCCUGAGGUUACGGACAGUUGCGGCUCCGGCUCCUGCUCAGCAGAGCAGCGGAGUUCAGUUUGACUGGGCUUCUCCUCCUCCUGAAGAUGCUGAAGACUCCAGUGAAACACGUAACCUUCGCGAGCUGCCGCUGCACAUGAGUCUAAAGAGAGCAGUAAGGCAGGUGCAGCAGAUGAGAGUUCCAGUUGUGUCCAGCUCUUGGAAUAUUAAACAUUCACAGACAUUUCGGCGUUUCUGUGAGGUGGCCAAAAAUAUUCUCAGCUAUUUUGUUUUGUGGAAGAGGGGGAUCCAAAGAAUAGGAGGUCACUUUGGUGGAGGAGUCCAGUCCUACUUUCUAUUCCUGAGAUUUCUGGUGAUUCUCAACUUUCUGUCCUCUUUGUUAAUCGCAGCGUUUGUGCUCAUUCCCAGCAUUGUGUUUCGCUCCUUGAACUUCAACUCCACCUCCAACAUCACUAUAGUCAACACAACAGGUUUAGAGACCUGCAUGCAGUAUGAUCCAAAACCUGAUGCUCUUAUGGUGUUCUUCAACUACUUUCUGGACCUGGUUUCAGGCACGGGUUUUAUGGAAUAUUCAUACCUUUUUUAUGGCUAUUAUAAUAAUACAAUGAUUGAAAGCGAUGGCUUCUCUUACAACAUCCCUCUGGCCUACCUGUUGACAGCAGCUUUCUACUUCCUCUUCUGCUUCUUUUGUAUAAUUAUUAGAAUGGGUGGUACGGCUCGUGUUGUUGUAGAGACGGGUGCAGGAGCAGCCGGGGGUUACUGUAUGCUGGUGUUUACAGGAUGGGAUCACGGUCUUCAAGGAGACCGCGCUGUAAAGCUUAAACAAAACAACGUUCGCUACAGGUUACAGGUGGAUUUAGAAGAGGAGAGGCUUAAAAAGAAGGCUGCCUCGCUGACUUUGGGCCAAACAGUCUCUCUCUAUGCUCUUCGAAUUUUCCUUAAUCUAAUAGUCUUAACACUCAUCGUUGCAACCUUCUUUGGCAUUGCUAAGGCAACACAGUUCAGCCAGUCUAUGAAAACAACAGGAUUUACGGGGCUACUGCUGCAGUACUUACCCUCCAUGGUCAUAACAGCAAGCAAUUUUGUGGUGCCUUUACUCUGUGACAAGAUUGCAUUACUGGAAAAGUAUUCCCCCAGUACCACGGUCAUCCUAGCCUUGCUCAGGGCAGUGUUCUUGCGUUUGGUCAGUUUGGGUGUUUUGCUGUACACUCUAUGGGAGCAGAUAACCUGUAAAGGAGAGAUUGGCAGUGAUGACUGUAAACUCUGCGGUUAUUAUUAUAACCAAUACAAGUGCUGGGAGACGCGAGUUGGCCAGGAAAUGUAUAAAUUAACUUUAUUUGACUUCCUGAUUACCGUUGCUACACUGAUCCUGGUAGAGUUUCCACGCAGGAUCGUGGUGGAUCAUUGCUCAUGCAAACUGAGCCAGCUGGUGGGACGGCAAGAGUUUCUGGUUGCCCCGAAUGUUCUUGCUCUCGUUUACAGUCAAACGGUGGUUUGGACUGGAGCUCUUUUCUGUCCAUUGCUGCCAUUUAUCAACACCCUCAAAUUCGUCAUCUUUUAUUAUUGCAAAAAGAUUACUCUCUUCCAAAACUGUCAACCGGCAACAAGAAACUUCAGAUCCACCACCUCCAACUUCUUCUUUUUGUUGGUUCUGCUCUUUGGAUGGAUGUUGGCCAGUGUGGUUCUGCUUUACAGUGUUGCUAAGAUCCAUCCAUCAUAUGGCUGCGGCCCUUUCCGUCUUGACCCAACUAUGUGGGAUGCUGUACCACAAGCUGUUAACAUGCUAAGCACCACUAGUAGAGCUUUCCUGUUUUACAUCGGCUCCCAGAAAUGCUCUAUUCCACUCUUCAUCUUCUCUUGCAUCCUUCUGUGCUAUGUGAGCGCAUUAACGUCAGUCCAUGGGAAAAGUGUAGCGCUGCUGAAAUCUCAGUGUGCACUGGAACAGCGUGAUAAGCAAUUCCUGAUCAGACAAAUUGAGGAGCUGAAUGCCACAAUGCAGAAAGCAGAACAUGAACCCAAGCUGCUAAAUACAGAGAACGAGCCUUUUCAACACACAGCAGCUACACAGUGGAAUCAACACAACAAUUACGCUUUUGACCCCGAUGAAGAUCCAAGGCCGUAUUAAGGCUUUAGUGCUGUAUAUCGCACCAAUUCUAGUGUCUAAGUCAGAUUUUUGCUUUUAAUAAACAAGUGAGCGUAUUUGAUCAAAAGAGACAGAAAGGGGAUUACAAAUAGUGUUGAAUAAAUGCUAAUCAAAGAAAAUAAAAAUAAGACCAAGGAUUGGAGUAAUGAUGCUCAAUACAUUGGCAUCACAGGAGUAAAUUAAUUCUAAAAUAGACAAUUUACUGUUUUUACUGUGUAUUUGAUCAACUUAAUGCGGUCUUGGUGAGCAUAAGAAUUUGUGCGUCAUUCUUUUUGACCUCAACCCUCUCUGUGGUAGUGUAUAUAUGUUUAUAUUUAUCCAAUAUUAUGCCUGUUUAUUUGCACGUUUACUCAUUUCAUAAUUUGCUUGAAUUACUUUGAACAUUUUGUCAAAGUGAACAAGUUUCUGUGAUGUAUAUUAAUGCACUUUAUUUACAGCAGCAGGCCAUAUACGCUGUGCCUCCUUAAAAAUAAAAUCAUAAUUAUUCAUAAACUCAA